UAGUUUCAUAAUGGACACAAGGAAAUCAACAUCACAAUUGUAUUCAGAUAAUAAUAUUCCACAUAACUUUAUCUUUACUCAAAGUCCUAUUCUGGAAAUUCUUCACUUCUGGACAAAUACGGUUCCUGCCAAAAGAGCGGGGAGCAUUAGCACCACCAUUAAUGUUGAGAUUAAACUAGAAUGUGGUUUAGAUUUACUAGAUUGA